AUGCGCCGGCCCGGGGCCAUGCGGCUGGUGCGGUUCCUGCGGGCCGGGGGCAACGAGCCCCGGCUGGGGCUGGAGGAGGCUCCCGGGGGCCCCCUGGUGGAUCUGAGCGCGGCCGACCCGGCACUGCCCAGCUCCAUGCGCUCCUUCCUGGAGAGCGGCCCGCGGGGCCUGGCCAGCGCACAGAGGGCGCUGGACUCUGGUCAGCACCGGGUGGCACGGGGCUCGGUGCAGCUGCUGGCACCCAUCGGGGACCCGCAGAAGGUGAUCUGCGUGGGGCUCAACUACCGCGACCACUGCCAGGAGCAGGGCGCCAAGGUGCCCAAGUACCCAAUCAUCUUCAACAAGUUCCCCAGUGCCAUCACCGGCCCCUUCGAUGACAUCGUGUUGCCCCCAGACAGCAACGAGGUAGACUGGGAGGCAGAGCUGGCCGCUGUCAUCGGGAAGCCAGGGCGGCACAUCGAGGAGGCGGCAGCGCUGGACCACGUCGUGGGCUUCACGGUGGCCAACGAUGUCAGCGCCCGGGACUGGCAGCUGCGGAACGGGAGGCAGUGGCUGCUGGGGAAAACCUUCGACACCUUCUGCCCCCUGGGGCCUGCCCUGGUCACCAAGGAGGCGGUGAGAGAUGUCCACAGCCUGGCCAUCCGCUGCAGGGUCAAUGGGCAGCUGAUGCAGGACAGCAGCACUCAGCAGCUCAUCUUCUCCCUCCCCCACCUCAUCGCCUGGGUCUCCAGGUUCACCACACUGCUCCCUGGUGACAUCCUGCUGACAGGAACCCCUGCAGGGGUAGGGUUCUUCCGGAAGCCACCCGUGUUCCUGCAGAGAGGAGAUGAGGUGCAGUGUGAGAUCGAGGAGCUGGGUGCCAUCUGCAACAGGGUGGCAUGAGGAGGGAGAGGCCGAAAGUCACCUCAAGCACAGCCCCCUCCCCACCCAAAAGCCUUCCACGCCCCCCAGGGGGUUCAAUAAAGGCAGA